AUGGCACCGAAAUCCAAAACUCCUCUUGCCUCCACGCCCGAAGCAGCCCAGGAGGUAAUCCGUCAAGAGUUCAAAACCUCGAAAGUGCUAUGGACGGAAAUGACGAGCGGCUUCCCCUCUGUGCGCACCUGCUGCAUUUGCGACCACGAUAUGCCGUCCAGCCUUGACCGAAUCCAAAGCAAACGAGGAAAGGAGGAGAGAAGACGCAUACUCCAUCGUGCCUGUGAUUACCGCGUAUGUCUUCGUGCGGCCGACCGGAUAGAUCCCCUCGUGUUGCAUCCCAGGUCCCCUACACUCCCGCCUGUUCUGAUGGACGUGACAUGUCCUGUGUGCGAGGCGCCGCUUGAUUGGGGGGACGGGGACCUCAUCUCGAGACGGGCCAUGAUGAAUUAUCGAUUGAGGCGGGUGUUUGCUGUGAACAGAUUGUGUCCAGUUCGAACCGUCGAAGAAAACUGA